UAGCUCAGCUUUAUCCAUAUAUCUCAACAGAGAAGACCUUCGCUCUCACCAAAAGUUAACAGAAACUCAAGAAGAAGAAGCCAUAAUGGCAGCCAUGGCUGCUCUUCAAAGCUCGUUUACUUCGCUUUCUCUCUCCUCAAACUCCUUCUUGGGUCAACGUCUCUCUCCACCCACUCUCUGCCCCGUUCCCGUAUGUUAUCCAAUUUCUUGCAGACUAAAAUUCUCUCUUACUACAUUUUCUGCUCUUAUUUUAUUUUGUAAUUUAAAUGUAUAUUAUAAAUCGAUUUUUCAUUAUGUUCAAAUUCGAUUGUUUCAAAUUGGAGAAACUGUACUUUGUUCUGGUCUAAUUCGAGCACAUUUUCAGCAUAAAAGAAACUGGAGCACGUAUUAUAGAUUUUUCCUUUUCAUUAGUUUUGUAUUUAAACUUGUAACUUCCUUGUUAAAUGCUAAGCAUGGGGUUUGGGUCAAUAUUUGUUCUUCUUUCCUUUUGCAGCUAAAGCAAUGGGAACGAAAAGAAUGUAAACCAAACAGCCUUCCAACUUUACAGAAAAUGCAUGUUAAAGUCGGGGACACUGUCAAGGUAAUAUCUGGACGCGAUAAAGGUAAAAUUGGAGAGAUAACUAAGAUCUUCAAGCACAACAGCACCAUUGUUGUGAAAGAGAUAAACCUGAAGACAAAGCACAUGAAGAGCAGAGGGGAGGGUGAACCUGGUCAGAUAACUAAGAUUGAAGCACCUAUUCACAGUUCAAAUGUGAUGCUCUACUCGAAAGAACAGGAUGUAGCAAGCCGGGUGGGUCACAAGAUCCUUGAUAAUGGGAAACGAGUUCGAUACCUCAUAAAAACGGGAGAAAUAAUUGAUAGUGCGGAGAACUGGAAGAAACUGAAGGAAGCAAAGAGCAAAGAGAGAGAAGUAGCUGCUACAUCCUAGUAAUCCCAAAUGAAGUAGAUCGUCAAUGCAUUUUCUGAAAAUAUAGGUAAAUUUCUGUCCUCUUGUCCAUCUUUUUACUGUUUUCAACAGAGUUAAUGUAGUUUCUCCAAGUUGUCCAUUGAUUUAUAGGUGAUCAAGAAUGUUGGGUAUGUAGAUCAAGUGCUUAAGCUCUUUGUCGUUGUUAUAUAAUGCAAAUUAAUCACCCGUACUGGUCAUUUUGCAAACCGAAUUCUGAACUUAUCUCUUUGGUUUCGGAUUACUAUGAUCACUUGGAGUGGUUAGGAUUGUGUUGAAUUUGAAUAUAACGACCGAUCAUUCCUUAGUUGGGUUGAUGGUAUUUUCA